AUGGCCGAUGAUGAUGGUGGUGAGAGCCUUGACAGGAUUGAGGAUGUGUUGUCGGACAACAUGGAUGGCUACGACUACGAAGGUGCAUCAUCGUUCUUAGCUGGGCAUGAUGAGGCAGAGGGUUGGUGUGUGUACACUAAUAAUGGGUACGAGGGUGGUGGCGUCCUAGGGUAUGACACGAGGGUUGAUCACCAGUACUACUAUUGUUGCGCGGAAGGUUGCUCGUCUGCUGAGCACAUGUAUCUCCCCUUGUGGGAAUGA